AUGGAGCAGCUCGUGUUAACAGACUUCCCCACUGGAGUGAAGCUCCUCUGUUACGCAGAUGACCUGCAGCUCAUCGUCCAGGGGCCAUGGAAGUUCCAGAAGGCUCAGAGAGCUCUCAACACGCUGCAGGAGACCUGCGUAACACUCGGGCUCAAGAUCAACCCACAGAAAACUAAAGCGAUGGUGAUGAAGGACGGAACUCAGCCCAGGCAACGUCUUCGGAUCCAAGACACCGACAUUGAGUGGGUGAAAAUCCAUGCAUGUCUUGGAAUUCACUUUGACCAUAUGCUCACCUUCAGACAGUAUGUGGCACAGCUAGGGGAGAGGAUGUCGGCGAGGAUAAACGCCAUGCGGAGGAUGACAGGACUGGCAGGAGGGGCUGACUUCGGCGUACUACGUGCAUAUUAUAUCCACGCUAUAAGGACGCUGAUUGACUAUUCCUCUGUCGCCCUUGCCGGCAUUGACACCACGAAGGUCCGAAUCGCCAAGAAUGUGGCCACCAUCGCUACCAAAAUAUUGACAAAAUCAGGGUAUAGCAAGACACAGGAUAGACUGAGGACAGCAAAAGCACAAAGGAACCAGCCUGCAGGCCAACGGUGGAGUCGCAGAGCUAGUAAGUCACUGGAGAGAUACGGCCUCAGCCAUGUAGCUACCCUUGGCGAGGACCGCCAAAGCGACAACUGCAGCGAGCCACCUCCUUGGACACCACCCCUUGCUGUCUUCAGCUACAAAGUGCCCGAUGCUCCAAAACGCGACAUUGCGGCGAGAAGAAUACAUGGAGAACUCUCUAUUGCCAGACUCGAAGAAGGACACACCGGAGUGUACUACACCGACGGGUCGAGAGAUCCAGACACCGGCAGGAGCGGCGCUGCCUUUGUCCUCAGAGAAGAACACGCUUGGCGCCUCUCCGAUGGCUGCAGCAGCCUCCAGACGGAGUUAGCUGCGAUUUUUCAAGUCACGGCCCAUGCACUACAACAAGAGACCACCACGAUCGUCAUACACACCGACUCCAGAUCUGCAAUAGAAGUUCUCCAGCGGCAAAAGAUACGAGACAACACGCAGCUAACCACCAACAUUCUCGGCAACCUGCAACAUCUCCAGCGUCAAGGAAAAGCCAUCACCAUUAACUGGAUACCAAGCCAUGUUGGUAUCUUAGGAAACGAAACUGCCGACAUCGCCGCCAAGAUGGCCGCCAUGAGAGCAGACGUUAUGAUGCACAUCCGGCCAUCGCUAUCAAGUCUCAAUGCAGCGGCGCGCAAGUUGGAACACCAGAUCAACGACACCACGAACAGAAUAAACGCCGAGGAGGGAUCAAGAAGCUGCUCCUGGUACCGGGCAGUCACAGGAGCAAGAAGCCUCGAGGUAGCAGGAGACACCCCUAGGACGACGAGGGUCCAUCUCCACCGUCUACGCCUGGGGUACCCUUGCAACUGGCAGCAGAUCGACAGAGUCAACAGAGCUUGCAGCCACUUCCACUUCACCCCAGCUGAACCGCUUCUACAUUGGAUUGUGGAGUGUCCCCUGACACAAGAACUUCGACAAGCUCUGCAUCUCCGGGAUCACGACUCCGAAUCACCAGAGGCAAGGCCCGCAGCCAUCAACCUUAUUCCUCUAACUUGCCUCUUUAGAGCAUCACAAUGUAUAUGUACUACAGCACCAUUGAGUUAA